AUGUUGCUAUUAUUGGAUAUUUUAUCUCUUAAACCACCGACUUCUAAAAUUCCCUUUCUUUCUUUCUUUCUUUCUUUCGUUCUUUCUUUCUUUCGUUCUUUCUUUCUUUCUCUUAUAAUCUGUUCAUAUUUAUCUAACACUGCUAUAUUAACGGGCUCGACGCCACAGAACGCCCACAACCUUUUACCGACCGUCUCAACAUCCACGUUCUUCCUUGUUCUCGACUGGCAUCGCUUUGCACUAACGGUCGACACUGAGCAGACAGUGUCAGCGAGAGUUGAACACCAUUGUUUGUCGACUAAUACGUUGACUACAGGCGGCUCCGCAUUUACAUCUGGUCGGGGAAUAAGUUUGGCGCUGAUGUCCUUUUCCCGUUAUAGUCUUUGUCGCUUUCUUUUGCAUUUUUUCUUUCUCCACGAUAUUUAUUUAAUUUAUUUUUUAAAGUAUAUUUCUUUCUUGUUACAUAACUUUCUUUUUUAUUCUAUAUUUUCCUUCAUUUUCUCUCAUCUUUUUCAAAAUUCUAUUUCUCUUUUUUUCUUUUGCAUGCUUCUUCCUCUUUCUUCCGCUUUAUUCUUGCUGGGUGGACCCGUUAACACUUUUCAUUCUUUGCUUUUUUCCUUCAACAUUUCUUUUAUCUAUCACUAUUUUCACAAUCCAAUUUAUCUUCUUUUUCUAUAUUUCCUUCUUUAUAUUCGGCCUCUUUUUAGCUUUCUCUUAUUUCUUCCCUUUCAUUAUACACUUCUAUACUGCUGUUUCUUUUUAUUUCUUUCCUUUUUUUUAUUUUUCUCUUUUUUCUUUAAUUUCCUUUACUCAAUAUAUUUCGCUUUUUCUUUUCGUUUUCUUUUUACUUCCUCUGUUUUUUUCUUGUUCUUUCUGUGCUUCAUUUGUUCUCUUUUUCUUUUUCUUUUCUUUCUUUCAAAACUUUUUUUCUUUUCGAUAUUCUCAUAG